AGACACAGAUGUGAGAUGCAGCACGCAGUGGGUAAAAUAGUGGUGUUUGCUCAUUUAAAGGCCUGCAUGUGCCAUACGGUAUGCAUGGCGAACCUUUUUGUGCUGUGCUUUCCUGUAAUGGGUGGAUGUUGGCGCUAACAUGGAUUGCGGACAUUAUAACAUGAGCCAGCUGAGCUGUGGGGGCUAGCGCAGAGCAAGAACAAGAUGAGAGCUGAGGCGAGUGAAAGAAAAAACGACUCAAGUCCGCAAUUUAUGGGACACCUUUGCGUAUUUUAGUGUCUCACAAAAUCAAAGGAUGCACUGGUCAAUGAACACACUGCCCUUGCCUCCAUAUGUUGAGCUGGGUGUCCAUUCACUGAGCGGCCUUCUGUGGACCCUACUGCUCUUGUUUCUAUGGCACUGUUAUCGGAUGGGCUCCGACCUGCCAAUCCCAGGUCACACACAUGCUGGAAAGCUCAAGUCGGGCUUAAGGCGGUCCAUGAUGUCCCGUAGCGGUAGCUGCGCCGGAACAAAGUGUAGUGCACGGUCCAAGCUAUUGAGGAGUGAUCAAAUUACUCCCUUUAUUUCCAUGGAAACAGAGGAAGAUGAGGAGCAGGGACAGGGCUACCUCACCCCAGUGCUGAGUCAUGCCUUGUUCCCAGCCCAGGCAUCUGCAGAAGCCAAGAAACUGUACACAGCACUGCAAGAGUACGCCAAGCGCUAUAGUUGGGUGGGCAUGGGUCGCAUUCAUAAGGGCCUCCGAGAGCAGGUCAGACUGAAUGAUCACUCUGCUAUACAGAAGCCUCAUCUUUUCUUCCUGCCAGAUGUCCCAAGUGUUCCUUUCUUCCCACGUGAUGCUCAUCGGCAUGACAUUGAGGUCUUGGAAGCAAACUAUCCUGUGAUUUUGGCCGAGUUCCAGGCUGUUUACCAGAGGGGCAUUGACUCAAAAUUAGGCUGGACGUGUCUGGGACCAAAGGGCCAGGCAGUAUUUUCUUUGUACAGCGCAGGUGUCUGUGUGGCGGGAAACUGUCGCUCCUGUCCUUGCACCUACCGGACACUGCUUUCUCUCCGUACGUUUAUAAACAGCAACUCAUUGGGAUCUGCUGGAUUUUGGCUGCUGGGGCCCGGUGCUACACUGGGGAGCUCAUAUGGACCCACCAAUACACGUCUACGUUGUCAUCUAGGUCUGCAAACUCCACCCCUGUGUGAGCUGGUGGUGGGAGGGGAGCCUCAGUGCUGGUCAGAGGGACACUGCCUUCUGGUUGAUGAUUCCUUCCUUCACACUGUCUCCCAUAAGGGGCCUCCAGAUGCCGGACCCCGAGUCAUUCUGAGUGUGGACCUCUGGCAUCCGAAUGUGGCUGCGGCAGAGAGACAAGCUUUGGACUUCAUGUUCAGCCCUGACCUCUGAAUUCACUCCUGAACUACCAAAAUACAACAUGCAGGGGUGCCUUACCUUAGCCCUGCUUGUUGUUGGUCAUAUAGUUCAUUCCAGUCAAUGAAACACUGUGUGAAUCUGCCCUAAGAAUUACACAAGCCAUUAGCCAUGCUUUCAAGUGGUAUUAGAUUUAUGGUCUAUGCAAAUUACCCAACAGGAAGUGCCAAAUGGAAACAUUUGAAAUGGCAUGACAUGGGGAAAUUUGGCUGCAAACUAUGAACUGACAUCACUUGAAAGCACAAUAAAACCUAACCUAAGAAGAGCAGAUCUGGUGUAUAUUAUGCUUGUGAAUGCUAUUUGCAUGUGAAACCUAUUUGUUAUGAUUUUGGACUUUGUUUUGAGAUGCUGGUGCAUGUGCUAUGCCUUCAGGAAGGAAAGGCCACGAGAGUCAGCCUGAGAUGCUUUAUUUUAAGUUUACCUAUGGUUCAACCAACAAACUGUGAAAACAUGAAACUGAAAAACAUGAAAAAUUAUAUACAUAUAAAUUUUGAUUUAUUUUUGCUUCUCAGUUUGAUGCCAAACAUAUGUUACCUUUUGCAUACUGUGAUUAUGUUUCCUCUUCUUAUUACUAUCUUGUAUGUAAGCUGGUGUGUAUCUAUCUAUGAAGUAUAACAUGCAUACAUCAGGGUUUUUGUUAAUUCUAUUCAACAAUUAAAUAACAAAUAAAUCAAUAUUGACUCAG